GACGAACUGAAAAUUAUUGUAUUAUAUAGUAUGUAAUCUAUUUUCUUAAAAAUUGUUCAUCUUACAAACAUUUAAUGUUGGCAGCAUUUCUCAGCAGAGGACAAAUUUUCUUCUUGACUCUUUAGUUGUCCUCACUUCAGCAAUUAUUUUAGAGAGAUGGCUGCUUCCCUCGUUCGUACUUCUCGAGCAGCUGCCAGGCUCCUAGCCACAAGGGCUGCUGUCACUCAGCAGAGAGGCUAUGCUGAUGAAAUGUCUUUUACCUUUGCUGCAGCCAAUAAAGUAUUCUACAAUGCAGCAAAUGUAAAACAGGUGGACGUUCCCUCUUUCAGUGGAUCGUUUGGUAUCCUGCCCAAGCAUGUACCUACCCUUGCUGUAUUGAAACCUGGUGUUGUCACUGUUUACGAACAAGAUGGAACUGCCAAACGAGUUUUCGUCUCUAGUGGAACUGUAACCAUCAAUGAUGACUCGUCUGUACAAGUUCUGGCCGAGGAGGCCCACCCAGUGGAGGACUUGGAUGCCUCUGCAGCUCGAGAAGUGCUCAGCAAGGCCCAGAGUGAGCUGGCUUCAGCCUCUACAGAUGUGGCAAAGGCAGAGGCUCAGAUUGCUGUCGAAGUUGGUGAGGCUCUGGUGGCUGCUGCGCAAUAAACUUUUCACCUCAUGCUCUUUGUAGAUAGUUAAGUGUUAAACCAAUAAAUCAGUAAUUUUUUUGUUA